AUGGAUAUGGAGAGGGAGGCUAAUUCAAUAGCUGAAGGGAUGAAGGGGCUAUUCGGUUUGAUGAGAGGGGAGCUGGUGGCAACGAAGGGGGACCUGGCAGCAUUGAAGGGAGAGCUCGCGGCAGUUAGGGAGGAGUUGAAUCGACAGAGAGAGCGAGUGUUGAUGCUGGAGAGGAGGAGUGCUGUAGUGGAGAACGAGGUGAAUGCGUUGAGGCGUGCACUGAGUGCCGUGGGAGAGAGGAGCGUGGCGACUGCUGCUGUGGUGGAGGAAAGAGGGAGAGAGUUGGCAGCUGUGAAGGGGGAGGUGACUGCUGUGAAGGGGGAGGUGACUUCAGUGAAGGGAGAGGUGACUGCUGUGAAGGGGGAGGUGACUUCAGUGAAGGGAGAGGUGACUAUCGUGAAGGAGAAACUGACUGAACACAAGGGCGAUAUGGCAGAGCAGUUGGCUAGGAUUGAAAGAAGAGGAGAAUCGGACUUGAGGGAGUUGCAUGAGAAGGCUAGAAAGAGAAAGGCUGUUUCGGCUGAUGGCCCCGCCCAAGGGAAUGUUGACAUCCCUAACCCCCCGACCCCUCUCAGUGCCGCUGACAAGGCUUUCAUGAAGCAAAUGUUUCGACCUUGGAUCAAGGCAUCCACUGUCCACGACGCAUGGAGAUUAUGGAACUCGCCUUUCGGGGGGGUGGGACUGACACUACGGGACGAGAUGGCUGCGGGGGGCUUCACCAAGAAAUACGCCCUUGUGACAGCGGAGGACUCAGCCAUGCAGCGGCAGAAAAGGUUGAUGGUUGCCGUAUCCGAGUAUGUGGCGGCACGAAGCGGCGGGUUUGAGGAAGUGGUACGGAUUCUGGACGAUAUCGGGGCACGUGUUGGGUUCACGACGCUUCGUGACGGGCUGACUGUGAGGAGUGGCAAGGCCAGCUCGGAGUCGUUUGAGGAUUUGAGGAAGAACCAGAGAGUCUGCGAGAAGGUGAAGGUGGCUCUCGAGCUUGUGCGGGCUGCCUCGUUUGCGUAUGACCCGAUAGUGGAGUGCUACAUACUUCGUGAGGCCCCUGUUCUUGCACUGCAACCCCCUUGCAGUCUGCUCCUCCGCUACCCCUCCAGUUUCCACAUCGCCCCUCAAGCAAGCCAUGGCCCCCGGUCCCCUCCCCCCUCCCCUUCCCCUCCCUUUCUCUUCCCCUUUCCCUCCUUCCCCUCUCAUCAAAUUCACUUGAAUCAGCUCCCCACCUGUUCAAGCUCGAGAGCCACUGCCUGCUUGUGCCUUGACACGCACGUCAAGGAGGUCACAGCUCGGCUCUCUUUUGCUGCAAAAGAGAUGCCUUCGGCAACCCUCCUUCUCCCACCCCCAUCUUUCCCGCUCUUACCACCACCCCUUCCCUUGUGCCAAUAG